UCAAAUGAUCAAUUAUUGAUUCGACAGCGAUAAUGAUAAAAAUAGAGAGUUGUUGUAGCUCCUUAUAGGCAACUUUAUAGUUUUUUUUCUUUUUAAUAAGAAGAGUCCGGUCACGGUGAUGACGCACAAGGAACACAGAGAGAGAGAGAGAGAGAGAGAGAGAGAGACUCCGGUCACGUUUCUUCAGUGAGCGUCUCUGACAGUGAACGGUCUUCUGUCCUUGAGGCUGGAAGGUGUCGGAUAUGAUGCUGAAGUAGAUGGAAGAGGAUAUUCAUGAUUUACGGUCUUCUCUCUUCUCUCGGAGAGUCCGGACCACCUGUCACUUCUCUUCCCUCUGAGGGCAAACUCGCACAAAGAGAAGAGAAAGAGGCAGCGAGACGCGCGUAAUUUCUCUGUGCGUCUGUGCCGCACCAUGCCUCUCCUCCUCCUCUGACCGCCUCCUGCUUCUUCCUUCUUGGAUGAACUUACUUGCCCGAGCCUGCGGGGACGUGGCCGCUCGCAUUGAGAUAAUGAAGACGACGCGGAAAUGUCGCGCGCUGUUGUCGGUGGGUCUGAACCUGGUGGCCCUGUUCUUCUCCACCACCGCCUUCAUCACCACGUACUGGUGCGAGGGCACACAGCGCGUCCCCAAGCCCAACUGCAGCAAGCAGCGACGCCACAACUGCAUCGACUACGGCGUCAACGAGACGGACCAGAACAAGGUGCACUACAGCUGGGAGACCGGGGACGACCGCUUCCUCUUCCGCCGCUUCCACACCGGCAUCUGGUACUCCUGCGAGGAGAACAUCCACGAGGCAGGUGAGAAGUGUCGGAGCUUCAUUGAUCUGGCCCCGGCGUCGGAGAGAGGUGUGUUGUGGUUGUCGGUGGUGUCUGAGGUACUCUACAUCCUGCUGCUGGUGGUCGGCUUCAGCCUGAUGUGUCUCGAGCUUUUCCACUCCAGCAACGUCAUUGACGGACUCAAACUCAACGCCUUUGCCGCCGUCUUCACCGUGCUGUCGGGUCUUCUGGGUAUGGUGGCCCACAUGAUGUACACUCAGGUGUUCCAGAUCACAGUCAGUCUGGGUCCUGAAGACUGGAGGCCUCACAGCUGGGACUACGGCUGGUCCUUCUGCAUGGCCUGGGGUUCCUUCACUUGCUGCAUGGCCGCCUCCGUCACCACCCUCAACUCCUACACCAAGACGGUGAUCGAGUUCAGACACAAACGAAAGCUGUUUGAGCAGGGCCUGCGCGAGGAGCAGAACUACCUGGACCAGGAGGCUUUCCACUACUUUCGGGACCGCUCCCUCCAGUCCAUCUCCAGCACCGUGGAGGUCUACCCCGGCCACAGCGGAACCAGAGCCGGGCUCGGCUCGGGUCCUUGCCCAGGACCGGGUCCGGGUCCCGGUCCCGGUCCUGGACGGGGCAAAAUUAGAGCCAUGUCAGCCUCCAUGGACCUGGGGGAGAACACAGACUCGCUGGGGGAGGAACAGUGCUGAGCCAUCCAUGGGAAUAGGAGUGUCAUGUGGGGGGCGUGGCCACAUCAGGCGCACUGCUCCUUUAGGUCUGAACUGGCCACCGUUUCUGCCACCAAACGCGAAAGCACAGCCGCCCAUAUUUUCAGUUUUAAGAAGAUUAUUAACUUGACUGGAAGAGACAGGAAACGUCAGUGAAAUUAAUAAAGUUAGAUGGAUAUAUUCUUUAUAUAUUAAAUAAAAAUCAUUAUAAAGUGUGAAAACCAGACUGAGAUCUUUGACUGAGAUCUUCGUGGAUGGAAAUCAGUUGUUCUCCUGCAUAUUACAAGGUGCUAUGUGUAGUAUUUUGACAUUGAUAUUAUCAGUUUUAAGUGUUUGUGCUGGCAAACUGUAGCCUUAAGUGGCAGUUACAAUAUAAUGGUGAAUGCUGAAGAGUAGCGUAACAGUAGCACAAGUAGAAAACCAAUAAAGUCACCAAACAGAC